GGUGGAUCCAGCUCCGUGUCUUCCCGCCCGGCGCAGCGGAGUGUGACGGUUCGAUCCAGGAGCAGCAGCUCAGCCGGUCCGGGCUUUGCUGGCUGCUCCCGCUGCUGCUGGUUGGCUACAUUGUAUCGGUUCCCACACGAAGAACCAGCGCGGCGCUCAUCCAGAAACGGCGAACACGGAGGAAUUAACCUGGAUGGAAAGCUACUCGCUGUGGGAUUAAUCGGCAGAAAAGGUCGCGGGAGAGGCACCGGACUCGCGUCGGGCUCGAAACGGCACCGAUCAAACAUGCGCUCGCGACUCGGCUGUUCUCGCUGCGGACGGUAUCUCGAAGUGUGAUGGCAGAAGUCCAGUGAAUCGCUGGCCUCCCCUCCUCUCUUGUGUUGGAUGUCUUGGGGAGUGCGCUGCCUCUGCUUUCUGCUGCUUCGGAUUUCCUAAGAGCCUUUUCUUUUAUUCCGAUUCAAACCACCAUUACUCUGAUUUACCCCUGGGCACACACCAUCAUGGACGGACUACGGUUUGGAAUAGGAGUGUCUAGCUAAGUCGGACAAAAUGUGGUUAAAUGGGACAGGAACGAGUAGACCGUGAGGAUUCUCUAACCCUAGUCCCCGAGUCCCAGCCGAGUAAGAGGGUGUCGGACCUCACUGAGGCAAUCCUGGGCCGUUGGCACUAAAAUGUCCCUAAGUGGUGGCACUGCAGGCGGGAAAGGUGUGGACUCUAAUGCGGUGGACACUUAUGACAGCGGGGAUGAGUGGGAUAUCGGUGUUGGAAAUCUGAUUAUUGACCUUGACGCUGACUUAGAGAAGGACAAACUUGAGAUGUCUGGCACCAAGGACGGCAUGGCGGCACCACCCAGUGCAGUGGCAGCGUUGCCCGACAACAUCCGGUUCGUUAGUCCAGUGUCUGGCUCUCAAGGCAAGGAGAGCAAAUCCAAAUACAAGCGCAGCAAGAACUCUAAAGACAAUAGUAGCAAAGCUUCAGCUGGAGAUGGGGGCAAAAAAGAAACCACAGGACGGACUCAAGGCGAGCCGACGGGCACGGCAGCGAGCGCAGCGGCUGCCGGCAACAAUUCCACCUCUGGGAAGAACAUGGAGAAAGGGGGCAAAGCCUCCAGAGGUGUUCUCAGUGGGAAAAAGGAGAAGGAAGGGGCGAGUGGGAAAAGUAAGAAGGACAAAACAGACGGAGCCCCGGUGGUGGCGAUAGGUGUCGCAGAGAAGGAUGUCGUGUCUCAGGCCCAAGUCGCUCUGGGGAAUAGUCGUAACGCGUCCUUUGAGAACACACAAUCAACAGACUUGGCUGAAGCCAAUCAAAUGGGGAAUAUUGCACUUGAACCUGUUGGGAUAGUACCAGCACUGACGGCGAAAGCUGAACCCGAGGACGUGGAGAAUGGUAGCACUGAAUGCAAGACGUUAAAGAAGGUCAAGAACGAGAAGAUGGAGUCUCCCGUCUCCACGCCAGCUCCUCCUCCUCUCCACCUCCUGGCCGCGGUGGGAAACAGUGACAUCGCCUCGCCGUGUGAGCAGAUAAUGGUUCGUACGCGCUCGGUGGCGGUGAACACGUCCGACGUGGCGCUGGCUACCGAACCCGAGUGCUUGGGGCCCUGCGAGCCCGGAACCAGCGUCAACCUGGAGGGCAUCGUGUGGCAGGAGACGGAAGAUGGCAUGCUGGUGGUCAAUGUUACCUGGAGGAACAAGACGUAUGUGGGCACGCUGUUGGACUGCACACGGCACGACUGGGCUCCCCCCAGGUUUUGUGAAUCCCCUACAAGCGAUCUGGAGAUGAGGAAUGGUCGCGGUCGAGGUAAACGGAUGCGGCCGAACAGCAACACCCCCAUCAACGAGAACAGCAACUCGUCAGACAACAAAGGCACCACCAACAACAAGACCCGUGCUGCGUCUAACAGCAAAGGCCGAAGGGGAAGCCAGACGCCGUCAGAGCGCCGCACCCCGCCCAACAGCAACACCGAGGACAUCAAGGCCAGUCCCUCCUCAGCUGGAAAACGCAAGACCAAACCAGCCUCGGACAUGGAACCCAAUUCCAGCUCAGAGGACACCAAAGGCAACAAACGUAUGCGGACAAACUCCAACAGUGGAGGGGUGGGACCGACUGGCCUCCCCAUCCCUUCUAUUAAGACUGAGCCACUUCCACCUCCCCUCGAUCGCAGCUGCCCCUCUCCAGUUCUAAUUGACUGCCCACACCCCAACUGCAACAAGAAGUACAAGCACAUUAACGGUCUCAAGUACCACCAAGCCCGGGCCCACAAUGAUGAUGACAUAAAGUUGGAGAUGGAUGGAGACAGUGAGUAUGGAGAGGACUCAACUCUCCACCCCGAACCAGGGAACUGUAACGGAGCCUCCAUCUCUCAGAAAGGAUGCUUAUCUCCUGCACGGUCAGUCACUCCUAAAGGCAGGAACUUUGAGGCUCAGAGUCCUUCCCCAUCUUCUGGCAAGUUCGGUUCAAAGCAGAGUAAAAAGAAAAUGGCCGAGACGGAUCCAGAAACAGGAGGUACACCGAUGGAUGGCUGUGAGGAUGGGCCAUGCCUCACUGAUGAGGCCAGUAACGAUGGUAUAGAUGAUAAGAGAGGAUCAGAUAAGUCUAAAAAGGGUAGCGCUGGUACAAAAGCUGAUAAAAUGGCCCAGAAAAACUUGAAGUCACCGCGACCCAUGGGUCCUGGCCCUCCAGCAUCCCAGCAGAUGUACUCUUUUCCUCCUGGAAACCCAAAUUCUUCCCCAGGGCUUACCCCAAUUAUCCAAGGAAUCCCCAAGAGUCCUCAAAUGAAAGGCACACAGCCGAAGCCCCCUGCCAUUGGAGAUCCUGCCCCGAGUAGCUCCAAAGACAAGAAGAAGAAGGACAAAAAGAAAAAGGACGGUGGGAAGGAAGCAGACAGUCCCAAGCCUCCAGGAAAAGGAGGGAAACUGGAGGAAGGAAAGCUUCCGUAUGCCGAACCUUGUGAUCAAGGGAAUAAGGGGGAAGGGCUCCUCAAUGGUUCCUCAGAUCCUCAUCAGAGUCGCUUGGCUAGUAUCAAGGCAGAGGCUGACAAGAUUUACAGCUUUUCUGACAAUGCCCCAAGCCCAUCCAUUGGUGUAGCCAGUCGGAUAGACGGUAGUGGGAUGCCACAGCCCCUCACACCGCUUCAUGUUGUGAACCAGAACGGAGCUGACAACUCUUCAGUCAAAACCAACAGUCCUGCUUACUCAGAUAUUUCAGAUGCUGGUGAGGACGGUGAAGGAAAACUGGAAGGUGUCAAAGUCAGGACAGAGGACCAAGCCAUCAGGGAAAGUGUCAAAAAAGCGCUCUUUCCAAACCAGACACCCAACAAAGAUUCCCCGUACUAUGCCGGUUAUGAGACGUAUUACUCACCCAACUACGUCAACCCCAGUCCUGGUGGGCCCAAUCCAGGAACACCAGUGGCUGAAGGUCAGGUUAAAAUCAAACGAGAUGAUGAGCCGGACCAAGGUGAAGAAAAAGUCAAGGUUGAGGUUCAUGAAGAGCGCAAACCUGACAGCAGUGCUCCUGGCCAGCAGCAGCAGCAACCCUCCGUUAUCCAGCAGAGAUCUAACAUGUACAUGCAGCCUCUCUACUACAACCAAUACGCUUACGUCCCUCCAUACGCGUACCAUCCAGAUCAAGCCUACCAUAACCACUUGAUGAACACCAACCCAGCCUACCGGCAGCAGUACGAGGAGCGGCACCGACAGAUGGCCGAGCAGCAUCGUGCUGCUGAGAAGAAGUCAGACGUCGCCAUGAAAGAGCGAGAAGCCUCCAUGAAGGAGGAGUGGAAGCAGAAGAGCCCAAUGCCGCCAAGCCUCUCCAAAGCCCCGAGUCAGUCAGAGCUUGGAAAGACACCGCAGCCUCCGAGCAAGUCCAGGGACUCACCCUCCGAGCCCUCUUCCAAGUCUAUGGGAAGCAUAAAGGUGGAGGACCCGAAGUCCCAGCAAGCUGAGGGGCUAAAGAUGAAGCUGAGUGAAGGGGGGCACCAUGGAAAAGAGGACUCCAAGCAAGGACUGGAGUCCAGAGGCCAGGCAGGGAUGGAGCAAGCCAUGUGGUACAGACAGCAGUACCCCGAGAGCCAGAAGCCCCAAGCAGAAGAUGACCACCAGCAACAACAACCUCGAUGGAAAGAUGAAAGGGACAGAGAGCGGGAACGCGACCGUAAAUUAAAGGAUGACAGGCCGCGGCCCAAGGACAUUCAAAGUGGGCCCAAGGAGGACGGAAAAGACGGCAGUGAUCCCAGAAUCACCUCUGAAGACCAUCGGGCUCUGAGCAAAGACUCUCGUUCUAAUCCCCACAUGCAGUUCUCAUCACCACUAGCACAGCACCAAGGCUACAUGCCCUACAUGCAUGGUUACCCCUAUGGACAAGGCUAUGACCCCAACCACCCUGGAUACAGGGGCAUGCCUUCAGUCAUGAUGCAGAAUUACCCAGGUUCCUAUCUACCCGGAGGUUACCCGUUCUCUCCAUACGGGAGUAAAAUAGCCGGAGGUGAGGAAGUCAGCGACAAAUCUCGUGCUAGCCCCACCGUCACCAAAACAGCAACGGACUCCAAAGCCCUGGAUAUCCUGCAUCAGCACACCAACCAGUACAAGAGCAAAUCCCCGACUGUAGGCGACAAGCCGCCCCACGACCGGGAGAGGGAGCAGGACCGAGGGGCCGCCGGAGACCGGGAACGGGAACGGGAGCGAGACGUGGACCGACCGCGAUCCUCGCCGUCCCAGCGCAUCAUGCCCUCCCACCACCACCUGGGAUACCCCCUGCUCUCAGGGCAAUACGACCUGUCCUACGCCACAGGGAAACCCGACCGUCACACCUCAACCCUGCAGAGAUUCAUGUGACCGGCUCACGUGAGAAGCAGAUCUCCGGGUGAAACCUUCUAGACAUCAGUUGAAUGGUGUUUCUACCUAUAUUUUUUAGUUGUUCUGCCCCGAGGCGAGGCAGAGUGUUGUUGUUUUAUGUUUGUUGUUUUUUUUUUCUUCCUCCCCUCGUAAAAGAAUUCUCCAAACUUUGGACUGUAACAGGACUGAGAAUAAACCAGGUUCAAAGCCAUCGCUCUCUCUGGCCGUCAGAGGAAACACCGACCCGCUGAUAUCUAGUCUUUGCACUGUCAACAAACACAAUGCAAAAAGAGACUAUGGGAUGCCACAGCAGCUUCUCUCCUUGUUUUUGUUUUUUCUGACUGCAUUGUUUGGGGUUUUUUUUUAGUCACGCAGAGAGAAAUUGGCCGGGAAGAAGGGUGGCUGAUGGGAAAGAGGAGUCAAAGUAAUGAAAGACGGACGCAGAAAGAGGUUUCAGCUCUUCUGUCUUUGGCUUCAUGAAUCAGCAGAAAAUCCUAAACUUGACAAACGUUUGGCUACCGGGGAGGGGAGAGGGAAGAAGACAACAGCUGCUUUCUUCAGAGACUUCCGAGCCUGAGACUGAAGUUUAUUCGUUGGUUUUCCAUCGUCAUUAACUCCCAUCCUCUCUGAACCCUCAGUUCUCGUUUCAGGGAUGAUGUCGUCGUCGUGUUUUGUUUUUUUUUGCGAAGGGACCGCGAACACCUCAACGGAGAAUAAACACUAUUCAUGUUUUCUUUCUUUUCUCCUUUUAGUUCUACUCCAUAUCAUCGUGUUCAUCUUUGAAUGUGUCUGAUGCUGGUGUUGGUCCUCUUUUUAUUUGUUUUAUUUACUUCCUCUCUGUCUGUUUCCACUCUAAAACGCGGUGAAGCCACGUUAGCGAAGCGUCGUUUUCCUGUCAGGUUGUGCUUCUUUUCCAGCUCUGUCACGUCUGAUUGUUUCCUGUAAACAAUGUGAAAAGUUCACUCAUGUCAUUUUUCUGCUGUAAUAUAGACUUUUAUCCUCCUUUUUAAUGUGCGUAAAUGUUUAUAUUUAUCCCAGCACGCAACUGUUUGAAAAGAAGGAAAAAAACGUGUUAAAAAGCGUUCAGCCUCACAGCGUUUCACCGUGACGUCACAUCUGUCGCUGCAGAGCCUCCUCUGCUUCUUCCUCCUCCUCUGCUUCUUCCUCCUCCUCUGCUUCUUCCUCCUCUGCUUCUUCUUCCUCCUCUGCUUCUUCCUCCUCCUCUGCUUCUUCCUCCUCUGCUUCUUCUUCCUCCUCUGCUUCUUCCUCCUCUGCUUCUUCUUCUUCUUCUUUUUGGCCUCACAGGUGUCUCUCGUCUCGCUGCAGAUUUAUUUCCUUCGUUCCGUUCAUCCCCGCGUCUCCCUCCAGGCUUCACAUCUCGGUGCUUCGCUUGCUAACGUGGCUUCACCUUAAAAACACCUCGGACAGGUUCUCAGCAUGUUUUUGCGUUUUUCAAACCAGCAGUUCGCUUUAGAUCCGGACAGAAACGAGCCAAUGAGAAGCUUACGGGCACGUUAAAUAGAAACGCAUGAGACGACCCCACCUCCUAAAAAAUACGAACAAGAGUCGGUUAAAAUAGAGCAACGAGUAAAAUGUUGUCCCUCUCUGUGAAUUUUUAAAUCGACACCGAAGUUAUCCAUCGAUUUGGUUCCUGUUUGUGGGUGUGAGGAGAAAAAAAAGCCAGUUUUCUGCUGCAGGGUCCCAUGUGCUUCUUCUCCUUCUUCUUCUUCUUCUCCUUCUCCUUCUUCUCCUCCUCCUCCUCCUUCUUCUUCUCCUUCUUCUCCUUCUCCUUCUCCUUCUUCUCCUCCUCCUCCUUCUCCUUCUCCUCCUCCUCCUCCUUCUUCUUCUCCUUCUUCUCCUUCUCCUUCUCCUUCUUCUCCUCCUCCUCCUUCUCCUUCUUCUCCUCCUCCUCCUUCUCCUUCUUCUCCUCCUCCUCCUCCUCCUUCUUCUCCUUCUCCUUCUCCUUCUUCUCCUCCUCCUCCUUCUCCUUCUUCUCCUCCUCCUCCUUCUUCUUCUUCUCCUCCUCCUCCUCCUCCUCCUCCUUCUUCUUCUUCUCCUCCUCGCAUGUUUCGCUCGUCUUCCUUUGUUCCGUUCAUCCCAACAUGCUGUUAAAACCAGAAGUCCAUCUCUGUCUCCAGGCUUCAGGUUUCACGUCUUGCUAACGUGGCUCCACCAUAAAAACACCUCGGACAGGUUCUCAGCAUGUUUUUGCGUUUUUUUCGGGCCAAUAAGAGGUCAGCUUACCGUCACGUUAAAUGGAAGCACAUGAGACGACCCCGCCUCCUUAAUAAAAACAACUUUUCUGAUCAGUUUAAACAAAGUCUGUUUAAAGAAGAGCAACAAGUAAAAUGUCGUCCCUCUCUGUGAGUCUUUAAAUCGAUGCCGGAGCUGUAGAUCAGACGUCCCUCACACCUCAGGGGUCGUAAAGAUGAAACCAUCCAUCGUUUGGUUCCUGUUUCUGGGUGUGACAAUAAAAAAAGUCCAUCUUCUGCUGCAGGAGCCGAGGUUUAACGUGUCGAAGGUUGUCUUAACGUUCCUCUAAAACCAUUAGAGAGCAGAAUACUGACCACGCUGUCAUUAAAGUUAAUUUUAUUGAUUUAUUUUUUGUUAUUUUGAAUGUUCCCAUCGUUGUAAUCUCUUUUUUUCCUCAUUAAACACUCGGAUCCUGAUCAGCUGCAGCUCUUCCUUUCCAGGUUCUUGGACAUUCCAAGGAGGAAAAGCUGCCGGUCUGUCGCCCCAGACGCUUUCUGUUUUCACUUUUUAAGCGCAUUUUAAAGAAGAAUGGCUGCCGUGAAUAGACUGAAUGUGGUGGUGUUUGUACUUAAUCUGUGAGGGUGAUCUAGGCAGCUGUGAUGUUGUCCUUCAGUCGGUGGGUUUUAGUACCAGCAGACUGCAUACAGUACAUAUAGUUUUAUCAGACAAUGGUUGUGACAAGUGCAUUUGUUCUCUCUCUGAGAGUAGUAAUGUUAUCUCAGUAGUAAAGCGAAGCCCAGUGAAAAAUCCUCUAUAUACUAAAGUGUAUGAAAAGCCAGAAAAGUAAUGUUUGCUAUCCACAUAUUGGAAAGUGCUUGGCUCUUGUAUUUUGCAGGACUGUAUUUGUUUCAUGGUGAAGAGUAUAUUUAUUGGCCAGCAGUUGUCUCAAUUGGUGCCUAGUUGAACAUUCUCCUGUGAAAACGCAGAGACUUCUCGCUCGUUUGUCCUUUUCCCGACCUUCCGACCGUCACGCAAACUCCCCCCCCCCCCCCCCCCCCCCCCCCCCUCCAGAGCGCAGCACCGGCGCUCACUAAGGAUGUUUACAAGCUCUUCAUUUCUCUUCUCUUUGUUUUUCGGUUUCUUUUUGUUUCUUUCUGUGUGAGAAAUUCAGAACUCUUCUCCCUCCUCUCCUCGUUUCUCCCUCUCCCUUCAGGAGUUUGUGUAAAGUGUACAUUACCAUGGUUCUUUUUUAUACAAUACUCUGUAACUUGCCUUUGUAAAUUUGGGCUGGAAAAAAUAAAUCUUUUUAUGAGACAA